CUUGACGGGAGCCGCCGGUUCCUGCGCUUCAUCUUCAAGCUCCCACAAAACCCGAGUGGGUGCAAUCGUUGGUGGAGUAGUUGGGGGAGUAGUCCUGCUGCUUCUGCUCUGUGGAUGUGUCCUGUUUGUUGCACGUCGCAGACGCAGAAGGGCCAGAUCCUCUCCUGAAAUCACUCGGUCGAGCAGCUUACACUUAGCUGAAAAGUCUGGCAAAGAAAUGGGUCUGUCCCCUUCGAAUUCACUCUCGUCACCAGGAUCUCCCAAGACACCAACAUUAACGUCAACUCUUGUUAAUCCUGAGGGGAAACCAACCUGGGCGGGAAUCUCAGUCCUGCGUCCGGUCCUUCCGGCGGAAAUCGACGAUGCUCCGGCGGAUGCAGAACUUCGUAGACCCACAACGCCAACAGCUCCUCAAGCAGAAAGGGACGAUACUCCGGCGGAUGCUGAACUUCGUAGUGUCGCCAUUCCUGGUUCAUAUGGCGAACUGCGAGCACAACCUGCUGAGGUAGACGUUCUGGAUGGACACCUACCCACAAGUCUACGAGACGUACAACCUAUUAGCGUUUACGCUGACGCAGAAUACUCUGGCACGGCGAUCUCGGAACUGUGCUGUCCCCCGCCUGCUACGGUGGAGCCUGUGCAGGAAUAUGAAGGUCCAAUUCUUGAACAAUCAGUCUCCAUCGGAGAUGUUGCUACCGAGGCUACCCGGCCUGAGGUUGAACAGGUCGGAAAUCUCCUAGCGCAGCUUUACGUUGAAGACACCCCGUCCACUACCAUCGUUCAUGAUCACCCUGCGAAUCUCCAAACAGUAUCGCAAGCAGAGGCAGAGGAUGUAGAAGCUCUCCUUGUUUCAGACGCACAUGAAAGAGCGAUAAUGCCCAUGAUGAUCUCUAGAGGCUCGGGAUCAUCUCUCCCAUUUGUAGAGGCAAAGAAAGCACCCGUAUCUGAGGACCUGGUCAAACGUGUGGUAUACACGUACCUGAUGGAUCCUGCAACAAAGCAGAACGCAUUUUCUUCGCGUACGCAUGGCUUAAAGCUUGAUUUGCUGUUCAUCCUCGAUCUCACUGGUAGCCAACAACCGUACAUAGACUCAGUCAAAGCAUCGAUUAACGCCAUCUGCGCGGAAAUACUGGGAUCCGAUCAUAUGAAAUCAGCUCACCCAGGCGGUCUUCGCGUCGCAUUUAUUGGGUUCCGCGAUCAUUAUCCCCAGGAUGACACAUUCGUUACCCGCCAAUGGGACUUUGUCUCGGAUAUCACUAGGAUCCACGCGAACUUGAGCCAUCUUCCCGAGGCGGAUGGCGGUGGAGAUGGGCCAGAAGCCGUAACAGCAGCUCUAGCUCGAGCUUUAACGAUGAAGUGGAGGAACGACUGCAACAAGGUCGCUGUGUUAGUCUCGGAUGCUCCACCCCACGGUAUUGGAUCCCAGGGCGAUUACUGGCCUUACGGUGUGCCAGGUGGUAAGAUUUCAUUACCAUCCGUCGUCGUAGACUCUGGAGUUCUGAAUUUUUGUAUACUUACAUCAGUUCCGGACCCUCUUGAUGUGGCAAGAGACAUGCUGAAGAAGAAGAUCACUUUACAUUUCGUCGCUUGCGAGCCAAGCUUGAGUCGCUUUCAUAAUGCGCUCGAUUUUUACCGUGGUCUUACCCGUAUAACAGCGGGCAUCGUCGUCCCACUUCUUGACUCCAAGGUCAUGUCAACUUGCAUCAUCGGCUCUGCUCUCGAAAGCCUUGCGAUACAAGAUCUCAUCAACGAAUACAGGGAAACCCUUGAGGAGUUGGUUUCCUCACGAGAUCCUUCAUUAGUAGUCAAAUACCUCCAUGCCCUAAUGCGCAUCAGAGGUCGUACGGCUGAUCAGCUGAUUAUGGAGAAUAUCUACGACAUGUCUGGCGACAGGAAGGAAAAUGUAGAAAUAUGGUCGUCAGCUCGUAACCUCGCCGAUGCGAAGGCUCGAUUGAAGCGUUACUACUAGGUGAAUGUGUAAGCUGGAUAGAAUAGUUCUAGAUGCGAAGUUGUGUAGGAUAAGUUUUGAAGUUGACCUCGAUCUUGGUACGACCACCACGGCUACUUGGCUGAAAUUAUUCUUGAUGCG